GCCCGCCCCCGCGCUGCGGCAGCUGCUUCUCGGCUAACGGGCUCCGACCCAGCGAGCUCCGCGUCCGUGCUCCGGGCCUCCGUCCUCUUCCAGGGCCUCCGCCGCGCGUGGUUUCUGCUGCAGAACCCGAGACCAUGGCCAAACCAGCACAGGGUGCCAAGUACCGGGGCUCUGUGCAUGACUUCCCAGACUUCGACCCCAGCCAGGAUGCCGAGGCCCUGUACACCGCCAUGAAGGGCAUCGGCAGUGACAAGGAGGCCAUCCUGGAGCUGAUCACCUCCCGAAGCAACAGGCAGAGGCAGGAGGUCUGUCAGAGCUACAAGUCCCUCUACGGCAAGGACCUUAUUGCUGACUUGAAGUAUGAACUGACGGGGAAGUUUGAACGGCUGAUCGUGGGCCUGAUGAGGCCACUCGCCUACUGUGAUGCCAAAGAAAUUAAAGAUGCUGUCUCGGGCAUCGGCACUGAUGAGAAGUGCCUCAUUGAGAUCUUGGCUUCCCGGACCAAUGAGCAGAUCCACCAGCUGGUGGCAGCUUACAAAGACGCCUAUGAGCGGGACCUGGAGGCGGACAUCAUUGGCGACACCUCUGGCCACUUCCAGAAGAUGCUCGUGGUCCUGCUCCAGGGCACCAGGGAGGAGGACGACGUGGUGAGCGAGGACUUGGUGCAGCAGGACGUCCAGGACCUGUACGAGGCGGGGGAGCUGAAAUGGGGAACAGAUGAAGCCCAGUUCAUUUACAUCUUGGGGAAUCGCAGCAAGCAGCAUCUUCGCUUAGUGUUUGAUGAGUAUCUAAAGACCACGGGGAAGCCAAUCGAAGCCAGCAUCCGCGGGGAGCUGUCCGGCGACUUUGAGAAGCUGAUGCUGGCCGUGGUGAAGUGUGUCCGGAGCACCCCGGAGUAUUUUGCCGAAAGGCUCUUCAAGGCCAUGAAGGGCCUGGGGACUCGGGACAACACCCUGAUCCACAUCAUGGUCACCCGCAGCGAGCUGGACAUGCUGGACAUCCGGGAAAUCUUCCGAACCAAGUAUGAGAAGUCCCUGUACAGCAUGAUCAAGAACGACACCUCUGGCGAGUACAAGAAGGCUCUGCUGAAGCUGUGUGGAGGAGAUGAUGAUGCUGCUGGCCAGUUUUUCCCGGAGGCUGCGCAGGUGGCCUAUCAGAUGUGGGAACUUAGUGCAGUGGCCCGAGUAGAGCUGAAGGGAACUGUGCGCCCUGCUGGGGACUUCAACCCCGACGCGGAUGCCAAAGCCCUGCGGAAGGCCAUGAAGGGAAUUGGAACCGAUGAAGACACCAUCAUCGACAUCAUCACCCAUCGCAGCAACGCCCAGCGGCAGCAGAUCCGCCAGACCUUCAAGUCCCACUUUGGCCGGGAUCUAAUGGCUGACCUGAAGUCUGAGGUCUCUGGAGACCUCGCCAGGCUGAUUCUGGGGCUCAUGAUGCCCCCAGCCCAUUAUGAUGCCAAGCAGUUGAAGAAGGCCAUGGAGGGAGCCGGCACAGAUGAAAAGGCCCUCAUUGAAAUCCUGGCCACCCGGACCAAUGCCGAAAUCCAUGCCAUCAACGAGGCCUAUAAGGAGGACUAUCACAAGUCUCUCGAGGAUGCUCUGAGCUCAGACACAUCUGGCCACUUCAGGAGGAUCCUCAUUUCCCUGGCCACGGGGAACCGUGAGGAAGGAGGAGAAGACCGGGACCAGGCCCGGGAAGACGCCCAGGUGGCUGCUGAGAUCCUGGAAAUAGCAGACACCCCGAGCGGAGACAAAACCUCCCUGGAGACCCGCUUCAUGACGAUCCUGUGCACCCGUAGCUACCCGCACCUGCGGAGAGUCUUCCAGGAAUUCAUCAAGAUGACCAACUAUGACGUGGAGCACGUGAUCAAGAAGGAGAUGUCUGGAGAUGUCCGGGACGCCUUUGUGGCCAUCGUUCAAAGUGUCAAGAACAAGCCUCUCUUCUUUGCCGACAAACUUUACAAAUCCAUGAAGGGCGCUGGCACUGAUGAGAAGACCCUCACCAGGAUCAUGGUCUCCCGGAGUGAGAUUGAUUUAUUCAACGUCCGGCAGGAAUUCAUCGAGAAAUACGACAAGUCCCUCCACCAAGCCAUUGAGGGCGACACCUCGGGGGACUUCCGGAAGGCCUUGCUGUCUCUCUGUGGUGGCGAGGACUAGGCCACCAGCUGUGGGUAGCAGCACCAGCCACCACCCCCAAGCCAUUGUUCCAGCUCCAGAGACUGAGGGAGGGCCCGGGUUGGGGUCGGGCCAAGGAAAGGCUUCCACCUCCCCGAGCCAUUGAGCACCCAGCACAGCCCCAGCUACCCACGGCCAAGCGGCUGAAGAGCCGUAGCCCCAGACCCCAGCCACUUGUGCUCCCUCUGCCUCUGAAGUCCUUUCCAGCUUCCGUCCCUGGCCACAGCCCCUGUCCUGGUUUGGGCUUUUUCACAUCCAGAAGCAUACGGACGCCGUCUGUAAGAUGAGUGAUGUGUGCAUUUUGAAUGCAUGGGCGUGGCUGCGGGAGGAGGAGCCUCUGAGCCAGGGCCAGCUGACCAUCUGCCCCAGCCGUGUCCAGAGAGGCCACGCUGGAGGACCGGGCUGGGGGCAGGAGGCAGGAGGCCUGGGCUCCACCUGCAGCUGCCACGCACUUGCUUUCUGACCUUGGCUGCUCUCUUUCCCUCCCUGAAUCUCUGCUCUCUUAGCUACAAAGUGGGAGUUGGACACAAAAAAAUCAAAACCUCUAACUUUGACAUCCUAAGGUGUUCCUCCAAUUCAUGCCCUUGCCACUCUUUCUGUCUUUGGAGAAGAAAUAAAAAGAGACACACAAACACGUAA